UCCCCUGCCAAGAGCCAACUUCUUCUUUCUCUUCUCGCAGUCCUUCUCGCAAAUUAAUGCUCGUCGCAGCUCCCGUCGAUGAGUGGCACCGUCGGCCGACUAACGCAUUUGCCGAAUCGGCGUGUCAUCGGCGGCCUACACGUUUUGAAUGAAUGAGACGAAGGCCCUUUUCCCUCGGGAGUCGCACCGCCGCCGCAAGGUCACCGAAGGAGAAUUCCAUUAACUCUUCAUAACAACAAACCCACUUCCUAGGCAGAGACACUCUUCCGCCAAACACACCCGAGGCCGGCUCUGAACUGGAGCGAAAUAUUUUCGGACGAUGCCCGCCGACUACGAAAUGAUGAUCGCGUCUAGUCCGCCAGUAUUCAGCCGCAGCCCGCCAGUGUCGAGUUGUCUCGCCACCAACUACAAUUACCUCUGCAACGGCCUGGCCUACGCCAAUGACAACAACAGGUCGUCGCUGAGGCGGCGCGAGGCGCACCAGCAACAAAUGAACCCCAAACUCAGGGUCGCUGCGGCCGCGGCGACAACCGAAACGACGCUUGCCAAGAGCGCCGUCCUGAGGGCGCAGGCGCUCCGACCCUGCCUCGUGGUCAAACCCGACGAGGACGUCACUGACGGCGACGCGUCCAGGCUCAAGAAGAGGGUCGUCUUCGCCGACGACAAAGGACUCUCCCUCACCCAUAUCCGAAUUAUGAGCGAACCCUCGCACUGCCCGCCUCUGUGGACGGUUGACUUCAUCGCGCAAGUGACCAAGGGUGCGAGCGUAGAGGUGGCGCCGGAGCCGUGGGAAGUGACGUUCCCGCAGCCGGCGUCCGACUACCUCAACUUCCGGCAGCGACUCGAGCAGACCAACGUGUCCCUGGAGAACGUAAUCGUGAAAGAGGCCGAAGAGCUGAUCGUGGGCACGGUCAAGGUGAAGAACAUCUCGUUCCACAAGCAAGUGUUCGUGCGCGUGACCUUUGACGACUGGGCCACGCACGAGGACGCGCACUGCACGUUUGUGCAGAACAGUCCGGCGUCGCUGGGGCCUUCGCAGGGCGCGCUGCCCGGCUGCAUCGUCCUCUACGACACCUUCUCCUUCCAGCUGCGGCUGCAGCCGCGCGCCAAACGCGUCGAGUUCUGCGUGUGCUUCCUGAGCGACGGCCGCGAGCACUGGGACAACAACUCAGACAUGAACUACGUGCUGGUCAAGUCGGUGCCGCCCGCCGACAAGACCAACAACAACAACCGCAUCAUCCCGCCGCCGAGUGGGCAGCAGCGCUUCAACGACGCCGUCCGCGCUAAGAUGGACUCGUGGUCCGAGUUCGCCAGCUGGAACCACUUGGUAAACGACUCGCCCUACUGGUGACCAACCCACAAUCACCCGCCCGGCUGCUACUUCCAGUUUGGCUUGUCGCUGCACAAGCCAGCCAAACCGCCAACGCAAGAAACCUGUGCCCGAUGCCUGCCAGAGACGAACAAAAAAUCGGCAUCUUACCUUGUUGAAUGAAGUACCAUCGUUUUUUGUUAAUCUAUCUCUCUCUUUAAAAUGGUAAUGGAGGCGAAUCCUCUGAUGAUUUAGGAAAAAAGUAAUUUUACACCGAUGUGAUCGAUUUUGUGCCUUUUCAAUUUAAGUAGUUUAUUUACAACAAACACAAGGUUCCUUUUGUUUCUCGAAAAAGUGCAAAAGGAGGUACCGAAAAUUGUCUAGAUAGAGUGAGAUCACACUUAUAUACAAAGCUUGGUCAACUUUUGUUGUGUACAUUUUGAGUGAAUAUCAAAAGGCCCCACAGAGACUCUUUACACCUUUUUUAACUAAGCGUCUAAGGGAGACAUAUUAAUUACUUUUCUUUUGGUACCUCAGCAGUGGCGGUAAUUAACGCACUGUAGAUAACUAACUGAUCACUGCGACGAAUUAAAUGAUUGUACGUAAAAUACAGGGCCGAGAGAGCAACUUCACACCUAGUGUUAAAUGUUUAAAAGUCCGAAGCGCUGCUGUGUGUAUGGCACAGAGAUAUGCAAACCAAGUGCCAUUUGCGAGAUGCCAUAUUAUAUAUUUGUGAAUACUGUGGUUUUAACCAAACUUUUAACGAAUUUUAAAACGCAUUAUUUCAAUCAAGAUUGGCGUCUGCGUACGUUUUUAGAAGACAUU